AUGAACGUCAAAUCGCACUUGGCAUUUCCGUCUAGACUUCCCAAUCAACGGGAUAAAAUUGCGAACUUUCAUUUGUCGACCUUUUCUUGGAUGUUUAGUAAAGGUAUCAAUUGGAUCUUUUUGCAGCGUUCUACUCACCCAGAAGGUUAAAACAGCUGGAAAUCGUCAAAAACUUUUUUAUGAAUUUCACGUCGAUACAUAAUCCGGUAGCUCAAAUGAUCCUCAUCUAUUAUGAUUGUUGACAGUAGUUUACAAAUUUAUGAGAAAUCUUGCGAUGUAUAUUUAAUCAGCUUUUUCUGUGUCGCAUUUCAAUUGAAGGUUUUAAAGCAAAAUAAAUUUUGAUGUAUAUAUAUAUAUUCUUUUUUGUCAGCUUCUUGAUUUUUAUUUUGUUGUAUUUUACUCAGCCUUACGGAUUUUAACCAGUUUAUGUUUUUAUCAGAUUAAUGCCAGACGUAAAAAUAUCAUCAAUUGGUUUUCUGCAUUCUGAAGGGCAACGGCAUUAUAACAGAGAAAUUUAGAGUCACGUUCAGGCAAAUGGUACCAUGUGUCCCCUUACUUAUCUUUUACUGUUCAUUAUUAUUCAUUCCAAAUAUUUCCCCGAUUCUGAUUGGCUAAAAGCACGGGCAUAAUUCGUCAUAACCAGUUUCUGAUGACCAAAUUUGGAAGAAUUUUGUGUUUAACGAGGAAAUGAUGUCAAAAAUGGAGCAUUCGUGCAGGUUAAGGCACCGUUAACCGAGAAGACCUGGGAACGAGGUUGAGUUGUUUUGGUUGUGAACGAAAAAUGGCGGAUGUUUCAAGAGUAAGAACUAGGCGAAAAAAUAGCUAAAAACAUGGCAAGAACAGCAAGAAGGCAACUCGAAGGGUGACAUCUGCUAUUUGGAGAAUAUUUGCAGAGCUGGACAAACCUAAAAAUGCACUAUCGAAGAUGAACUUAACAUCGAUGGAUAGAUGUAGGUAAGCAUGUUAAACUAGGAAUUAUUUUGAAUGAAUAAUAAAACAAUGAUUGAAUUUGGCUUUCGUAUCAUAUGAAGAAUUGUGGAGAUCUCGGGGUGUUGUCCAUCGAGGCCGUAACACCCUCCUCAAUCACCAUAAUUCUUCAUAAGAUACUCAGCCUCUUUCAUUAAUUGUUAAUUAAUUCUCCAAAAAAGUUAGUAAAAUAACGCUUGUUAGUUUUGUCCAUAAGAAUAGUUUUGCUAUUAUCUGCUUAUUUUCAAUUAUUGUGCUAAACUCUCAACUUGAAUGUGACAUUUGCCAUAAACGUAACUCUAAAUCUCUCCAAUGUGUCUUGCAUGUUAACCACUACCUUCCACUUGAAUUGUCCAGUGAGUCCUGAAUGUUUAUCUUUUUAUGAUCCUUUUUUUAGAUGACAAUGCUACUCAGGUGCCAUUUCCAGAGCUAAAUGGAGAAAGUGUUCAAUACCUGGAGAGAACAUCUGAUGCUGUCCUUGCCCUUUCCAAUUUCCGUCUUUUUAUUCGCUUCAAAGACUCUUUUGUCAAUGUGAGUUGGAAUUUUGCAGAAUUCAAAAAAACUGCCAAUUACCCUGACUCUGAAAUUUAGUGAUUUAGAGAUUUGAAAAUGGAGUAAAUCAAGUUCCAGUUCUGUUUGCACUGGUAUAACAACCCAAACUAACUGGAACCUUAAUUGGCUCAGUUUCCUUAUUCUUAAUACUGAACUUAAGCGUCAUUCAGCAUUAAGCACAGGGUGGGCAUUUUGCAACAAACAUUUGCCAUUCUUAAUGUUUUACUGCAGUUCAUAUUUUUUGUUUUAAAAUAUUUAAACCAGUUUAGUUUUUUCCUUUUCAUUUACCUACAAAUCUAAGAUUAUGUUCAUGAAGGUGGCCAAGUUAAAGACAAAAAAGAUAAAACUACUUUGAUUGUUUUCAAUUAGAAUGUAAUCGUCACCAAAACCCUUUGAUUAAUGCCUUAGAAAAAUUUCGGUUGUCUCACUUCGCCAUUUCAAGAAAAGCUGAAAAAGGUGGUGAAAGAGCUUGACAACACAUACAGCUCAACACAUUCUUCUUGAAGACUCAGAUAAGGGGUUGAUAUUGAAUAUUUCUACAAAAUGAUACAUAACAACAGGGGUUUCAUUAAGGUUUUGAACAGGAGGGGAACUGGCUUUGACACCGGGACAAAGAAUAGGCCUUUUGCAUUAGUUGAUCAUGUGAUUAACUUUCUGUAAACACAGAAACAGUUCGCUUUUGAAAAAUUUUGUUAGCACAAGCUGAAAGAGCAAAUUAAAAUUAGGCAAAUUGUAAAUUUUCAGUCUUCUAUCUCAAGAGUAGCGAUUGCAACAGCUGCCGAAAUUUAGAAGGAUUUGUAUGGGAAAAACAACUCUUGCCACCCAGUAAGGCUUUAAUGGUUUUUCAUACAAAUCCUUGUAAAUUUUGAAAUUUUCAAACUGUCGUUAAAUCUUUCCUUAAGCAUCAUUACUUGGCUCAAAUCUCAUUUUUAUUCAUGACAGGCAAUUUGAGCCCUUAAAUGCAUAAGGGAAAGAUUUAAUGAGAGUUUAAAAAUUUAAAAAUUUACAAGGAAUUGUAUGGAAAACCACUCAAGCGUAACCUGGUGAUGAGUUGUUUUCGGCAGCCUUUACAAUCGCUUCUUUCGAGAUAUAUGGCUGAAAAUUUACAGGUUACCUAGUUUUAAUAUGCUCUUUCAGUUCGUGUUAACAAAAUUUUCCAAGCGAACUAUUUCCGUGUUUACAGAAAGUUGAUCACGUGACUAACUAUUGCAAAAGGCCCAUUGGCAAGGCCUGGAGGACCUUGCCCCUAUAGGGGUGGUCUGGGAGCAUGCUUCCCCAGAAAAGUUUUAAAUUCUAUAGUUGCAGAAAUGUGGUUUCCUGCAUUCUGAAGCUGCAGACAAAAAAGAUAACUAUUCUAGACAAUUUAAUAGUGAUUUGAUACCAAUAUCCACCACACAAAUAAUUUGGUUCGGACACGUGCUUGCAACACUGAGACAUUUCAGAUGGUCUUUUAUGGAGCACAGUUCUUUUUGCAUUUUUUCAAUGGAUUAUGGGGGAUGCAAAGUUGCAUUCACAGCCAGUUAAUUUGCUUGGUGCCUGGCCCUUAAUGAAACCCCUGAACAAAAAAUUACUAUAUUUUCACAACAUUAAGUGCAAAGUCAAUGUACUUUUUGAGUUUAAUGUCAAGAGGGCACCAUUUGCAGCAAGUAGUAUUUCAAACAUACUUUUGAAUUAUUAGCUCCCUAAGAGAUCAGAGCAGUAUAAACUUUCAUCUAUUAUAAUAGGGUUUUCCUGCAUUUCUGUGAACAAAGCCCCUAACUAGAGUCUAAUGUUCACAAAAUACAGUGAUUUGUUUGAGGUUGUCCAGUGAAAUCUCGACCUUGUUUCAUUGUGUGUGUUCACUGGAGCGGAAUGUGGGAAAGGUCUAUUGCCCUUGAUUGGGGACAUGACAGUUUGCGUCAUCACAAAUCUAUUGUUUUCUAAAUAGAAAAGGGCAAUUUUGGACUGAAUCUAUUUUUGAUAAUGGUAGAAUAGGUAGAGCGGCAGAAAAACUCCACUAACAUUUUUUAUCUUGACAUUUUUUGUGCGAGUUAUUAUGUAGGAAAAUGCCUCAAUAGAAUAUAAAAACUUCAACAUAUGAUAUGCUGUUUCUUUAGAUACCUUUGCGUUUGAUAGAGUGCGUGGAAAUGAAAGAUCUUGUUCUGAUGGACAUUAACUGUAAAGAUGCCAGGUCAUUUAGGUUAGUUACUGGAAAACUCUUUAGUAAGAUUUUUGCAGAGGAUAAAAACCAUUUUGCACAGGGGUUCUUUGCAACAGGCAUGAAGAAAAGUAUGUAUUCAUUAUAUCUUUUGUCUCAGUUGUAACAAUUAUUUAUACUUUACUUGUAAUUUUUUAUCACUUUGUUGUUGUUCACACUCGGUGCUUCUUUCAUGUCUUUCAGGAUUGUAUUUGAUAACAAUGAGCAGUGCCUGAAUUGUUCGUACCAUCUAACCCAGUGCAUCUCUCCUUUGUCCCGUAUUGAAGAUCUUUUUGCCUUUGCAUUUUAUGCGUGGUGCACAGAUGGCAAGCAGUCAAACUCAGCAGAGGAGGAAGAGUUUACUAGCUUCUGUCAGAGAGGUAGAUUUAUUCAAAUAAUUGAUGUUUUAGUAGGUGAACAAACUCUAUGCUAUGCUAAGUACAUUGGUAAAGUGUAGUGUGGCUGUAGAGUGAAUCAGGGUUUGAGCUAGGAUUUGAUCACUGGGGGACAAUUUGUCCCCUUAGCUAAAAUUUUGGGGGACAUUUUCAGUUUUAGGGGGACAGAAAUUUGUACACCCUUCUGCUGAUGCAAAGGGGUUUGUCUUCUUAGAUUUCCGACAAAAAUAGCAGAACAUCGCCUCCUUUUCAUAGUGCAACCACGUGUGAUCUCGUGAUUUUUUCGGUUUCCUUCGAUCCUCAUCCGUUUCUUCCUGAUUAAUACACUGUUCUUCUUCUGUAUCAUUUUCUCUGAUUCACUCUGGCUUUGAUUUGGAGCGGAAAAGCUUCCUACUGUUCGAACACGUUUUCGAUUUGACAUGUUAACGAUUGCCAGGCGCGUUCACCACGCUUGGUUGAGCAUGAGACGUACGUGUUCAGUAGAGCGUGACUGAAACGCGACUUAAGAAUGAACUUUAAAGGAGCUGUGUCACGAAAUUCAGCCAAAUUACGAAAUUACAAAAUAAAUGCCUGUUAUUUUAAGAGAAACAUAAAAUAACCGCUGAAAACUUUGAAAGGAAGGUUAAAAUAACAUAACAGAAAAAAAAGAUUUCAUGGAUGGGGAAAACUGAAGAAGAUUGAAACGGAUUGAAAUUACGAUUUUUGAAAACUGUGCAGCCUAACAGUUUUUCAAAGUUGAUCCCUUCUGCUUCAAAAAUAUGCUCAGGAGACAUAUUUGUUUGUCUCAGAUCUCUGAUUUUGUCAUUUACAUGUAAUUUCUCUGCUUACUUUAAGUUCCACAGCGAUUGAGGGCAAGUAAUUGGCAAAAUUAAACAAAAUGAACGGGACUGCCGUGACACAGCCCCUUUAAACGUGCAAUAAAAUAUACUUUCCAUGUUCUGUUUUAGCUUGAAAUUUCGGUACUGAAAUAAAUCUCUUCGUGUGUGCUUCCUUUCGAGUUUUUUUCCCUAAAUUUUGAAGGGGACAAAUUGUCCCCUUGGCCGUUUUUUUAAGGGACAAUUUCAAUUGCAGUGCGGGAAUGGCGCAAUGGCGCAGCCUGGCUCAAACCCUGGUGAAUAUUGUCAAAAGGGGAUUGGUUUUAUGAGUGAGAGCCAAAGGCAUUAUCUAUAAUAGACAUAUUAGAAGGCUGUUAACAUUCUAUUCAAAAUCUAAUUGUUUAAACAGUACACGGCACAUACCGGGGUCUGACUUUGUCUAAAAGCAGUUAAUUUUUUUUUUAGAUGCAGAGCAGUAUUCUUUCAUGUCUGAAGUUAGGCGAAUGGGUUUUGAUAAUCUUCGUGAUGCCUGGCGGAUCACUGACCUCAACAGUAACUUUGAGUAUGUACCUUUGCAUUAUAACUGUGUAACAAUAUUUGUUAUGAAGGUAAGACUGAUUUAGUGUGAUAAAAAACCUUUGUCAAUUAGAUUGUGCUGUACAUAUCCUAAGCUUCACAUCGUACCAGCCAAGAUUACAGACAAGGAAAUGGAGGCUGUUGGUAAAUUCAGGACUUCAGGACGAUUUCCAUCUGUAGUUUGGAGGUAAAGUUUGAAUUCAACUGAUCUCUUCUGUAUACCAGGGUUUGUGCAGUUCAUGGAAACCUGAAAAGUCAUGAAUUUUAAGAAUAUCAUUUUCCACCCUUGAAAGGGAUGGAAAAUUUAAGUUAUGUUUGGUAGAUAAGUUACUGCAGGUGUCAAAGUAAGGGCAAUGUUAUCUAGAGACAAGUUAUUAAUCAGUGUGAGCGACUAUUAUUCGCUGUAAAUAGUGAACUUACCAGUUGUGAUUUUGGUGCAGGCACAUGACCAAUGGAGCAGUGAUUGCUCGCUGUAGCCAGCCUGAAGUGGGAUGGUUUGGCUGGCGAAGUCCAGAAGAUGAAGCACUCCUUCAUGCAAUAGGAGCAGCAUGUGCUAUGGACUCUGCAGCAUCAUCCCUUAAAAAACAACUUCUGAAGGAGCUAGGCAAGACAAACCUUCUGAGCAAUGGCCACAUAGAUGGCAUAUGUAAUGGAGAUAUGACUGGCAAUGGCGACGAUGAUUCUGUUAGGGACAAUAAGGUUACAUGUGAGAGUGAAGUUGCAGAACAGCCCAAGGUUCUGAUUGUGGAUGCCAGGGCUUACUCUGCUGCUGUGGUCAAUAGGGCAAAAGGUGGUGGCUGUGAAUGUGAGGGUGAGUUGACUUCCUUGGUGUACCCUGUUUACUUAGUUACUCUACUGACUGGCUUAUUUUAUUGCCUUCUAACCGACUCUCUUAUUGAUUAAGAAGGUAUUGUUAUUUUCAUUUGAAACUUCAAGUGAGGAUUAUCACACAUACUUGAUUUUGACUGCAAAUGCUUACACCUUCCAAUUUCAUAUUAACCUCAUCAUCGAUAGAUGAUCUUGGGAGCUGGUGGCUAAAGGUUGGUGUAACCUACUAGGCACAGGAAGGAGGUAUCCAUGGCAACUCUGCUAGUAGGUGACCAAGGCCACCGCCUCACUGAACCCUUUUGAAGAAUACUUACCAGUGAAACCUUAUACCUUCUUGAGGGAGUGGGGAAAUGGAAAGCAGGCUUGAAAAUUAGCAAGCAAAAUGACCUUGUACAAAAAGGCCACCAAUUGAAUGCUGGCUCUGAACGGUGUUGAGGGGCAGUUGCUGACCAGCAUUGUUUCAAUUUCAACCUUACCUAAAUUUUAUUAUGCCAUAUUUUAUUUAAAUAGUAAUUUAUAUGUUAAGAUUUUACUUUUACUUUAUUCUGUUGCUAUGGUAACAUAUAAACUCCAAAACAUGUUCACCAACAAAUGGCCAUUUUUUUAAUGCAAGUAUUGAUGCAUUAACUGAUAAGGAGUUGCAGUAUCAAUCUUUUAAAGUAGAAGUACGCAAACAUUUUGGUAACUGCUGUGAGUCACCUAGUGAACUCGUUGUCCUGACUAUUAAAUGUUGUGGCUGGAUGGGUGUAGUGGCUGUCUGUUUGAGGACACCAUACAGUACAUGUAUUAAGUAAAUAUUCCUCAUUUUUUUAACACUCUUCCCAGUAUUUUGGCUCAACAUUCUUUUUUGUGACUAUUUUUAAUGGUGAGUUGAUACUAGGUUCUUUUUUUGUUUAUCAGAGUAUUAUCCAGGCUGUGAGGUACUGUUCAUGAACUUAGCAAAUAUUCAUACGAUAAGGAAAAGUUUCCAGAGUCUGAGAACAUUGUGCCUUGGCCCAAGAGAUUCUCCCAAGUAAGUGAUUUCUAUGACACUUGAUGCCAUAAGGACCAAAACUAAAUGCAAUUGGGUGAUAGUGCAGCUUUUUAUGGGAUGUAUUCCCUGACUAUGAAACCCAUAUUAUGUAGAAUAACAUGUUAAUUAUGGGCCAGUUUCUUAAACAUCCAGACAACUAUUUAUGCUCAAAACUUUGUCACGUUUGUGUUGUGUUAAAAAUUCUUCAUUGGUUGAUUUUGUAUUUUCUAAGUUUCUCAAGUUUCCAUCUGUACCCGAGCAGGCCCCUUUAUGCAAAAUCCAUUGAUUAUUUUAAGGCUUUGCUUCCUAACUACAGUCGAACCUGUGCUAAGCAGUCACCCUUGGGGAAUGGCUAAGUGACUGUAGGACUUCGCAAAUGGUGAUUGUGACCACUUAAUAGAGGUUGAAAAUGCAAUACAUCAAGGGAAGUAAUUUUCGGGACUUUGAAAACUGACCUCUUGAUAGAAGGUGACCGCUUAAUAGGGUGCUGCUUAAUACAGAUUUGACUGUAUCACAUGCUUUCUUUUGUAUUCAUGCUAGUUGGUGGUCAAGCUUGGAAAAGACGAACUGGCUUCAUCAUAUUUCUUUGUUGAUGAAAGCAACCAACGUUGUGGUGAAUGCCAUCGACAAGGAACAGAGGCCUGUUGUAGUGCAUUGCAGUGACGGCUGGGACAGAACAACCCAGUUAGUUGCUCUGGCAGAAUUGAUGCUUGACCCUUACUACAGAACAAUUGAGGUGAGAAAGCUUAAACCUUUUCUUUGUGGGAAUUUGUAUCCUAUCAUUUGGUUGGUAAUAAUCCUUAGCUCAAAUUACUUUAGGAAAGUUGUUAUCACAGGGUAAGAUGAAAAUGAAAAAAACAGCUUGCCCUUCACUGCUACUUUAGUUCACUAGCUGGGAGCUCUGAGGAGUGGAAACGGCAGAUGGCAGAAAUUGCCGUUCACGGAAAAACAAACUUCUCAGAAUAAUUAAUAAAAUUAAUACGGUCAUAAAUAACAAGAUAGAUCCUAACUGUUUUUUUUAACAUGAUACAAUGAAAACAAACAGUGAUUUUACAGCCCUAUAACAGUAGAAGAGUGAGAGCAAAUUUACAGCCACUAGCGCUUAAUAGUUACUUAAAUGUAUAAUUCAAUUCAAUUUCUUUAGUUUGCCAUGGUUGAUUGACCACAUCAUGUGGUGUUUUUGUAAAUCUCAGCACAGAAUUGUCCUUGUUUACAUACAACAUUUGUUCAAUUUAUUCAGCCAUAAAAUUAACAACUAAGUUAUACAAAAGUUAACACAGUAUUUUCAUUUGCUCCUUUGUAAAAGUUCAACUGAAUAUUUUCAUUAGAUCUGUAAUACAAGGCUGUGCUCUAAGAAAAAAAUGAAGGGAGCCUAGUGCCCUGAACCUGUGAAAUCCAGGGUGCCCAGCAUAGAAUUUCUGUGAAAAGCUGAGAUUUCCUAGUCACCCAAGAGCAAAAGCAAGGUGCCAGGGGCUGAGAUUUACAAUGUGUUGCCUAUGAAUGCUAUUCUAAAUGCCAGCCCAUUCAGGUCAGAUAUACAGUCACUACUGUACAGGUGGUGUUAGGAACAAACAAUGCUUCAUACUGUUGUUAUCCUGUUGCUGAACAGUUUCUCUUUUCAGCUAUCAAGUACACAAGGAAAAAGCUGAUGUAAUUGAAUUUUAUAAUAAUUUAUGAACUUUCAAAAUAUUAUUUUAAGUAUUCCCAAACUGUUGUAAUGUUUCCCUCGCCAGGGAUUCCAAGUAUUGGUUACUCGUGAAUGGUUGGAGUUUGGUCAUCGUUUUGCAGACAGGUGUGGUCAUGGGCACAAUCAGGAUGAGAACCAGAGGUGUCCAGUGUUCCUUCAAUGGUUGGACUGUGUUCAUCAACUCACCAGGCAGUUUCCCUGCUCAUUUGAGUUCAAUGAAUCAUUUUUGGUAAGAUUUUGUGUGUGUGUAUUGUUUCAAGAAAAGGUCACUUGACAUGCACUGGACAUUGUGUUUUCAGUUCUUCAAGUGUGUGUGUGUGUUUUCUGCCCUUAGGCAGGUCCUUCCUUAUAGUAUUCAAGGGUCACCAUCCUUCACUUUAUCAAGCAUUCCCAUUCUAGGUCUUGCAAGUGGCCUCAUUCCUAUUUUUUCCCCUCAUAUAUAACUGAUGGGAUUAGAUCACCAUGCUGUGGGGUAUGACCAAGCCAGACUCUCUGUCUUCUGUUGAUAACAGAUAUGAAGGCCCUCUCCUCACCAAAACACCUCAAUACUUCUUCAUUCCAACUUUGUCAGAUCAAGAUAUGUUUAAGACCUUCCUCCAAAGCCACAUCUCACAACUCUCCAGCCUUCAAACAUCCUUGCAAUGAAAAUAGCUGUUAUACACCUUAGGAAAUUUUUGUGUGACAUAUUAUUGAGGUGCCACAAGAUUUUUGGUAUUUUCAAACCCAUGCAAUACCCUUUGAAGACAAAUACAGGUUUAUAGAGAAAUCACAGCACUUGUACCAGUAAUAUAAUUCUGCAAAGUAGAUCCAAGGGGGUAGUCCUCCUGGGAAUUGGAAAAGUGUCACCCAUCUUCAGGCCUUUCCUAUUACUGGUUUCUAAAUCUUGACAUGACUGCAUAAGAGGUCUUUGGGUCUCCUUCCUUGAGUGCAACUUAAGAAAUGUCUUUGACUUAGAUGCCUCAGACUCUUGCCCUUUUUUCGCUUCUGUUUGAGUCCUCUUGAAAGUUAACUUCUCUUUUUAUUGAACAGGUAAAAUUGGCACAGCAUGCCUAUUCCUGUCUCUUUGGUACAUUCCUCUGCAACAGUGAAAGUGAGCGUCUGAAGGCAAAUAUCUUUAAACGUACCUUCUCGCUUUGGUCAUUAUUGAAGCUGAAAAAUAAAGAGUUCAAGAAUUUUCUGUACUCUUCUUCUUCUGAGCAGGUAACAUUUUGACACAGUUUAUGUAGGUACAGUUGUAAUCUCAUCCUAGUAUUGUCUCUGAGCUUACAAGAGUUCCUAAACUGCUUGAUCAGUUUGGUAAGAAAUAAUGGUGUAAAUUCCCACUAGUCAUCUAGAUUAUUAACUGGUGGAUGUCCGAAGGGCAUUUUCAAGUUAUCACUUUGGGGUUGAGAUAUGCAAAGGAGUCACUCACUGACUCGAGAUAGAUGAUCAUUGGCUUGUUCCAAAGUUGCCUGGUAUGAAAACACCAUUUUGUUGUUGUUACCAAAGUGUACUUUGGGCAACUUAAGGCAUGCAUUCAUUCACGCCAUGUCGUGAUCAAGAGAACCCUAGAUAUGAGGUUGGAAUAUGAACUCAUGAAAACACAAAAUGUGUUUUGAUAGGUACAUUGAUAGAUUUUCUUCUUUAAGUCAUUUCAACUUAACAUAAAUAUUUUAUUUUAUCGCAUUCAUGACUUCUCUAUUUUCUAGACAAUGCAUCCACAAGUUCCCGAUAGUUUUUACUUUGAUUUUGAACCUCUGGCUGCACUGAUAACACAACCAAAUUCUAAUAAUAUUAUUACAUUUUUAUGUUGAUAUUGAGGUUUAUAUCUUUGGUUUAAGGUUUUACAAGCCUCCUGUCAACCUCGUUGUCUCCAGCUGUGGUCAGCCGUAUAUCUUGCCAACCCUACUCCUUAUUCUGAGACGGUGUUGGAGAAUGGAGACACUAGUGAUUAUGGUGACUCAGUAAGCAGUGCUUGUGUCACUCCUGUCUCUCCUGUUUUCCCAAGUGUUAACAGCAGCAUUGAGCAAGAGGAAGAAGCUCUGCAGACGUGCCAUGUUACAGCAUCUAAAUCUGAUGGAAAUCUGAUGUGCAAAGACUGUUUAAAACAUCAACAAGCGCUUGACGACAAUAGGAAACAAUUAUUUGAUAGUUUAGAUAGGAAUUUGAAAUCAAAGAGCUGCCCUGAAUGUAGGACUGAUAUUUCUGAUAAUGACAUACCCCAAAGCACACCCAUAGCAAAGGACGCUGUUGCUCUUGAGUCAAAGAGUGUGUAUGUUAGUGCUCAAUCAGACUCCUGUUUGAGAAGUGUUGGUGAUGUAGAAAGCAGUAUGUCUAGUAGCACACAAACUGUUAUUCUAGAUUCAACUGAAGGCGAUUCUGCCAUUGAAAAUGGACUGGAAUCUUCUGAAAAGACCUCCUCUGAAGGUUUAACAGAGGAGACUCAACAAAUGACUUCUGUGGUGGAAGAACAAUCUUCACUGCAAGAGGAAGGUUUGCAAGAAAGUAGUGAUGUAGGGCAAUGCAUGGUUGAAACAGUGCAUGGCUCUUCAUUUAGUAAAGGAAUACCUUCGGAUGAAGAGGUAACAGAAUGUUCAGAAAACUCUCAAGGGACACCAGCUAAAUCUUCAAGCAACCUAACUCUUACAGGCAGUACCCAUGAGGCAACACCAAGUACAUCAACAUUGAGACCAAACUCAUCAGAAUUCUUCACUAGGUACCUAGACAUAGAUGGAUUGACAUAUGUUUCUGAUCCUGUCCAAGAGAGACUGCAGCAGAUUGAAAUGGCACACCAAGCUAAAGUGGAAGCACUGCAAAGACAGCUGUUGGAUACACAAAGGAGAAGAAUGACGUCCACAGAGGGAGGGACAGUUGGAAGAACAAGUGAUCUUGCCGAUGAAGUGGUAUGUAGCAUGUGAUAGAAAAGGAAGAAGGGUAAAAAAGGAAAUUGAAUACAAAGUCAGUUAACUGAGAGUCAUUACAGGGAAAUCUCAAACCAAGGCCUUAAUGUAUUGACUGAGUGAUAGCGACUGAGAUUUCCUUGUAAUGACUGAACAGACGAGGUUAUAAAGUUAAUAAUUUAUUUGGCCUUUUCAGUAUAGACCUGAGCCUGCGAUCAAUAUUUAUUAAAAUCAACAACUGGUCAGCGGAUAACUUUAAAAAACGUAUGACCUCAAUGAGUUAACCAUAGCAAGAAACAGUGAUAAGCAUAACUAGUUAGAGGCAAACCAAUCAGCUACUGACACCCAUGAUGACAGGGCCAUCAAAAACAAUCUUGGCUGAUGGCUAAACUACUUGGCGAUGCUGUCUUGUAAAACCACUGGGCGAAAAAAUGGAUUUGCACAAAUAUGCUCUUUGCAAAUAUGUCACAAGGGGUGAAUAAGGGGCAAUGAUGGCAAAUGCCAUGUUUGCAUAUCAAAAAACGGGGUGUAAAUAACUAGGCACCAUCUUUGCCCAGAUUUACUCCUCAGUUUUCACAAUGUUCUGACACAUUUGCAGCAAACAAAUUUGUGUAAAUCCAUUUUUUCCAUCCAGUGAACAAGCAAGAAAUAAUAUUAUGUUAUUUCGUUGUUUUUCACCACCAGUGUUCAUUACCAGAAUCAAGUGUAAGUGGAGAACAGCCGCCUCUGUCACUUGGCAGUGGUGAUGAAGGGAGCUGGAUUCAAGUGGAAGAGAGUGAGGCACAGCCUACUCUGUGGGUCCCAGAUCAUGCUGCAACUAACUGUGCAAAAUGUGAUACACAGUUCUGGAUUGCUAAUAGAAAACAUCAUUGCAGGUAGUUAUUGUCCCAAUAUUAAUUGAAAUAUUUUGUUAUUCACCUGAAAAUUACAAUAAUAAUAGUCUCCAAUAAUUGUUGUGAGUCAUCAUUACUUAUGACAAGCUCAAAAGUCAUCUGAGACUAAUAAACAGCAAUUAUUGGAUGAUGCUGAGUAUGAUUGCAAAGGAGUUAUCGGCCAGGGCAGAUAACACUCUCUGAGGUCUGCAUAAUUCUUCAUAUCAUACACGUCAACUAUAGCAACAGUACUGCUUUCAGUCUGCAUGAUUAUGCUCUGGGCCCAGUUGUUUGAAGGGCGCUUAGUGAUAACCCGGGGUUAAAUUUUAAUCUAUUCAAAAGUCUAAUCAUCAAAUUGUAGACAAGAAGAAUUACACCGAAUUUGCUUUUUAUUCUUUCAUCUCUGAAAUCACAUUUCGCACUAUCCCUCGGGUUAUCUUAACCCAGCUUUGUACAACCCGGCCCUGAACAUUAUAAUUAUAGUCAUAAUAUAGUCAUAGUAACUCACUAAUUCAGAAGGCCUUAUACUCUGCAUAACUAUUUAUAUUAGUGACAUUUGUUAAAUCUCAGAUUACCUUUUUCCAAUGAUCCCUUCUUGUGUUCAUCGGAAACCUGUACCUUUUUACUUUAGCGAGUUUCAAAAGCCAUCACUAAUACGUGCCACCCUUUUUGAUGGCUACUUGAACAGCAGCUAACAUGUAUUUUUUUCCCCCACAAAUUUUGUCUAGGAAUUGUGGGCUGGUUUUCUGUGGAACCUGUUCCGAAAAGAGAUUACCGUUGCCUGAAGAACAGCUGUAUGAUCCAGUUAGAGUUUGCUUAGCGUGCUUUGAAAAACUAGUCACUCUUCAAGAACGUGAGAAUGAGAAAACGGUGAAUGAAGGCACAAUUAAGUAGCAGACUUGUGACCAAUUCAAAGGCGCACAUCUCCUCGCAGACCACCUUAAUCACUUGAAUUGCUAGGAAUUAAUACCAAGUGGUUUGAAAGUAUUUUUAUAUUCUAUGCUGCCUCAAAAUUGUAAAGCAAAAACAAUGUUUUCAUCCUGACAAGUCAUAUAUUAUCAUCAAAGUUGCAGUGGUAUUUUUCCAACAUAUUUUUGUGUCACUUGUAUUUUUCAACCUUUUUAUAAUUUUUGUUCUGGCGUAUAAACGUGACUUUCUUGCAUUUUUAAUUUCUUCCAGCUGCCUUUCAAAUGAUUAAGGUGGUCUCUGUCUUUAUUUGUAGUAGCAUUAGACUAUUAGGGCUCCUAGAAUGAGGUUAAAAUGUUUAGUGUAUAAUUAGUGACGGUUAAACAAAUUUCUACAUUGGUCAAGUAUUCCCUCGAAAUUAUGUAAAUAUGCAAAACAUUUUGUUGAAAACUAAACCUAAAAAUAAUGUUGUUUCUUCUAAGUAUUUUUGUUUGUAUUUUAUUUUGACUUAUUGAUUUGAAUCAUCAAUUAAUUAUGAGGUUACCAAACGAAACGACAACAAAAAAAAACAUUAUCUUGACAACGUUUUGGUAUUGUGAUAAAAAAUAGAAAUCGCAUUUUCAUCUUUAGGUUGUUAUAAUUUUGCAUGCACAAAAAAUACGUUUCUUUCCAUUACGCAGAGAGUUAAACUAUUAGCAACCUUUGUUUCCAAAACUCAUAGUAUGUUCUAGCUUAAGAGUUUGUCUAUGAGCCAAACCCUGAAGAGGAAAUGUGUAGAGAAGGUCCUAGUAGUAGUGAAGUUCAAAAGCUGGAUAGUUCUUUACACCGAAUAAAUCAUUAUCCAGUAGAUAUAGAUAUUAUAGAAAACAACUGCGUCAUCCUCUGGACAGAGAUUUAUCCAGUGGAUAGUGCCAUGCACCUUAUGAGCAAGUUGGACCAGUACUUUAAUUUAAUACUGUUGACUAAGAUGUACUUUUCAGUCUGGGGAUUGAAUCCUUAAGUGUGAUCAUUGAAAUGAAAGCAACUGAUCAGCACUUUCCUCUGGUACUGUUUAUUGCGCUGCACCAAAGAUUCAAAAAAACAUUAACUUAGAGGGGUUUAACUCCAUAAUUCUUUUAUGCGACAGGAGUUAAGGAUGGUUCGUUGAAUAUAAAAUUAUGUCAAUUUUGGGAGGAAACAUACUAGAGAACAGUUACCCAAUCAAAACUGGUUUGUCAGGCACUCGCUGGUGACUCCUAUAGACACUUGUGCGUGUUUUCGCAGUACGCUUCUUGCUGCCUAGCAUUUCCUCCUGUCGAAUAACUCAUUGUGAUCUCCAGCUGAUCUCACGUGAUGAUAUGAUUUGUACUUCUCAGAGCGACCUUUUAAAAUUGGUUUUGACUAGCUUAGCUCAUGUCUACUUUAUCAUGUUUUCCCCAAUUAGAAUCAGAUUCAUUUCCAUUGCAGAUUUGUCGCUGCCAGAUGACGCCGGGAAAUUUUCCCAGUUUUGAUUGGUUUCUGGAUUAAUGAUAAGAGAACCUGGAAUUCUCGCAUAAUAAUGAAUGGAAAAGCCACGUUCACUUUACUUUUCCAAUCGUACAUUGUAGAAUUAAUCAAUGUGAAUGUUCCUAUC